CAAGGAGGAGGAGGAGGAAAUGGCGGACUGCGUCAUCUUCGUCGUCGUCGUCGUCGUCGCCUCAGGCCUGGCCGGGCUUUCUCUGUGAGGCGGGAAGGAAGGCAGAAGACGGCGGAACAGAGGCUGGAGAGACCGAGAGACUAAGACAGAGGACAUGAGAGUUCUCUGGAGCCACCCCUGCAGGGAUGGGAAAUGAACCAGCUUCUAGUAGAUAUUAAGGCAUUUGAAAACCAAAGUGGAGUAAGGAAACCAGUCCUCUAGGAAAAAGGAUUCCUCUCAAGGGGCUGAUCUUGCUGAAUUCCUACAUUCACUUUGGAUUAUAGAGUAGAACCAUAGAGUCGGAAGAGAUUGCAUAAGGCACCUAGUCCAGGCCUCUGCCAUGCUGGAAAAGUGCAAAGUACCCCGGACAGAUGAGCAUCUAGACUCUCUUUAAAAGAUUCCAAAGGAGCCUCCAGUACAUUUUGAGGCGGAGAGUUCCACUGCUGGACAGCUCUUACAAUCAGGAAGUUCUUCUUAAUGUUCAGAUGGAAUCUACUUUCCUGCAAUUUGAACCCACUGCUGGGAGUAAUCAGAAAGGGAAAAACAUGAAUCAGGUGUCCAUAUUGGAAUUAAAUGUCCAUAACGCUGUUGACAUGGAGGAGAGAGCAUAUAAAUGUAUCGAAUGUGGAAAGAGCUUUAGUCAGCAUGGAAAGCUGAAGAGACAUCAAAGGACUCACACUGGGGAGAAACCCUAUAAUUGCCUGGAGUGUGGACAGAGCUUCGCUCGUAGUUCAAAUCUACAUAGACAUCAAAGGACUCACACUGGGGAGAAACCCUAUAACUGCCUGGAGUGUGGACAAAGCUUUACUCAGAAGGGACACUUACAUUCACAUCAAAGGACUCACACUGGGGAGAAACCCUAUACGUGCCGGAAGUGUGGACAGAGCUUUACUCGUAGUUCAGGUCUACAUUCACAUCAAUGGACUCACACUGGGGAGAAACCCUAUGAAUGCCUAGAUUGUGGACAGAGCUUCACUCAUCGUUCAAGUCUACAUUCACAUCAAAGAACUCACACUGGGGAGAAACCCUAUAAUUGCCUGGAGUGUGGACAGACCUUUGCUCAUAGUUCAGGACUACGUUUACAUCAAAGGACUCACACUGGGGUGAAACCCUUUAACUGCCUGGAGUGUGGACAAAGCUUUGCUGAUAGUUCAGGUCUACAUAUACAUCAAAGGACUCACACUGGGGAGAAACCCUAUAACUGCCUGGAGUGUGAACAGAGCUUCACUACAAGUGGAAAUCUACGUAGACAUCAGAGGACUCACACUGGGGAGAAACCCUUUACAUGCCUGGAGUGUGGACAUACCUUCAGUGAUAGUGGAGAGCUACGUUCACAUCAAAGAACUCACACUGGGGAGAAACCCUUUAACUGCCUGGAGUGUGGACAGAGCUUCACUACAAGUGGAAAUCUAUGUUCACAUCAAAGAACUCACACUGGGGAGAAACCCUAUAAAUGCCUGGAGUGUGGACAAAGCUUUACUCAGAAGGGACACUUACAUUCACAUCAAAGGACUCACACUGGCGAGAAACCCUAUAAAUGCCUGGAUUGUGGACAGAGCUUCACUCAUAGUUCUGGCCUACAUUCACAUCAAAGGACUCACACUGGGGAGAAACCCUAUAACUGCCUGGAGUGUGGACAGAGCUUUGCCCAUAGUUCAGGCCUACGUAAACAUCAAAGGACACACACUGGGGAGAAACCCUUUAAAUGCCUGGAGUGUGGACAGAGCUUUGCUGAAAGUGGACGCCUACGUUCACAUCAGAGGACUCAUACUGGGGAGAAACCCUAUAACUGUUUGGAGUGUGGACAGAGAUUCGCUUAUAGUUCAGGUCUACAUAGACAUCAAAGGACUCACACUGGGGAGAAAUCCUAUGAAUGCCUGGAGUGUGGACAGAGCUUUACUCGGAGGGAAACUCUACGUAUACAUCAAAGGACUCAUACUGGGGAGAAACCCUAUGAAUGCCUGGAGUGUGGACAGAGCUUUACUCGGAAAGGAACUUUACAUAUACAUCAAAGGACUCACACUGGGGAGAGUCCUUUGUUGCUUAGGUCCUAUAUACAUGGGCAGUAGUGGUAACCUCUGAAUGAACCUUAGGACUGAAAUGAAGGCUCACUGCACUGGCAAGAACAAGGAAGAAGUAGGAGAAAGACGUAUUUGAAGCAACAUCCUUGGAGGAAAGGGAGGAUUGCGCUGUUAAAAGAGGGGCUUGGAAAGAGACCCAAAGGCUACGGCAAUACAAAGAAGUUGGAAUCCUGUGCUGUUCAGGAGUCCAUAUCUGUGAACUUCUGGCAUAAUAUUUGAAUCAUAAAUUUAAAAGAAUGGAAAAUCUUCAUCCUAGUUCCACAUCACAUACAGGGGAGACGCUGCAUAAGUGUAUGGACUGUGGGAAAGGAUUCAUGGGGAGAAGAUCUCUUACUAGACAUCAACAAACUCACACAGGAGAGAAGCCACAUCAAUGCAUAGAAUGUGGAAGGAGCUUCAGCCGGAGUGACAAUCUGCGUUCCCAUCAAAGGACCCACACAGGGGAGAAGCCACAUCAGUGCAUGGAAUGUGGAAAGAGCUUCAGGCAGAGUGGUGAACUGCGAUCCCAUCAAAGGAUCCACACAGGGGAGAAGCCACUUCAAUGCAUGGAAUGUGGAAAGAGCUUCUGUUGGGUUAGAAAUCUGCAUCGCCAUCAAAUGAUCCACAUAGGGGAGAAGCCAUAUAUAUGCAUGGAAUGUGGAAAGAGUUUCAGUCUGAGUCAACAUCUGCGUUCCCAUCAAAAGACCCACACAGGGGAGAAGCCAUAUCAAUGCAUGGAAUGUGGAAAGAGCUUCAGUCACAGUGGAAAGCUGCAUUCCCACCAGAGGACCCACACAGGGGAGAAGCCAUAUAUAUGCGUGGAAUGUGGAAAGAGCUUCAGUCGGAAUGAUCAUCUGCAUUCCCAUCAAACAACCCACACAGGCGAGAAGCCACAUCAAUGCAUAGAAUGUGGAAAGAGCUUCAGUCGGAGUGGAGAGCUGCGUUCCCACCAAAGGACCCACACAGGGGAGAAGCCAUAUAUAUGCGUGGAAUGUGGAAAGAGCUUCAGUCGGAAUUAUCAUCUGCAUUCCCAUCAAAGAACCCACACAGGGGAGAAGCCACAUCAAUGCAUAGAAUGUGGAAAGAGCUUCAGAUGGAGUGGACAGCUGCGUUCCCACCAAACCACACACACACGGCUAGAGGAAGAGACCUGCCUUUAAGUUUCCUUCGUCUGUUAAAGAAAUCCCCCAAACAAGGGUCCCAUCCCCCACAGGCAGGCAAAGAAUGAGAUAAUGGAAGCAAAGAGGAAGGCCACCACCUUGUUCGCUAUCUGUCAUGGACAGCAAUCUGUGUGGCCUGUGUGGAUUGCUGCUGGGGACAGGUCUCCCACAGAGGAGGACUCCUCUCAAUAUUGCAGCCAUUUUUGAUGGGGUUAACCUGACCUCUUCCUCCUCAAGGAAACCAUCACAGACUUCUGGGAUGAUCUGGGAAGGCUUUCUGAAAUGAGAGGAGCUGAGAUUGUAUGAUAAAAGGGUUCUGGAAAAGACUAACUCUUUGGGAGCAGAUAGCAUACCUUCGUACUGUUGUCCUGGAUCUUGGCUCUGCUGCUUCGGUUUCAGUUCUGGACUUUCCCUUGAUCCUGUAACCCUCUUCUGGACUCUCGUAUGCUGAUGUGGACUAAAUUCUGGACUGAUUUCCUGGCUUGAUUUAUGGAUUUCAGUUUGUACACGUGCCUAUCUGGCUUGACUUCGGAACUCUGACUUUGGUUUGUACUUUUGGUUGUUUUUUUUUAAUGAACUGUGAACAAUGAACUUGUCACCUGGUUGUUGGACUGUGACCUUGGCUGUUGCUUAUUCUUGCUCCUGACCUGCUCCUGUAAUACUUGGCUUGUCUUUGUUAAUUGGACUCUUGACCUUGGUUUGUGUGCUGCCAUUGUCUUAUUUUAGCCAGACCUUCAAGAGACAUCAGGUUUUUUUAGAAUCAUAGCAUAGCAGAAAGGAAACCUGCUCCUUCUUCCUUAUGACAGCCUUUCACAUAUUGAGACAUGGAUGUCAUGUCUCCUCUCCACCUUCUCUUCUGAGACUGAACAGACCCAGUUCUUUAGGAUGUCCUCAGAGGGAUUAUUCAUGGUCUCCAGGCCUUUGAUCCUUUGAGUCGCCCUCUUCGUCUGGACUCCUUCCAGGUUGGAGUCAAUCUCUCUCUUGAACUGUGGGGCCCAGAACUGGACACAGUGGGAUUCCAGGUGAAGAGGUCUAACCAAAGCAGAACAGAGAGGCACCAGGAUUUCUCUCGAUCUGGGCACUCGACUCCUUUAGAUGCAGCCCAAAGCCCCAUGGGUUUGUUAGCUGCUGCAUCACACUCUUAGCUCAUGUUCAGCUUGUUGUCCACAAGGACUCCAAGAUCUUUUUCAGAUGUACUGUUGUCAAGCCAGGCAUCACCCAUCCUGUAUCUUUGCAUUUCAUGUUUUCUGCCUGGGUGGGGGACGUUGUUGAAGGAAGGCCUUGCUGGAACCCAGAUCUGCUCCAUCCACAGCAUUCCCUGCAUCUGCCAAGCUUGUAACUGUCAACAAAAGGAAUAAGAUGGGUCUGGCUUGACUUUUUUUUUGAGAAAUCCAUGCUGACUUUGAGUGAUCACAGCUUUCUUUUCUAAGUCACUAUGGUUUUGGCUUACCUUGUCUUUGUUUAAUAAACCUCACCCUUGAUACUAGAAGAUCCUUGGACUGCGAGGCCAUCCCUUCUUCUUUGUGUAUAUUUAUUCCUGCUUCGUGUGAACCCCCUAUAGUAACAGAGACUGUUUAAGGAUUUUUUUUGUCAAUAUUCUUACGAUUAAUUUUUCAAAUAUUAUUUAUUUAUUUAUUUACAGUAUUUAUAUUCCGCCCUUCUCACCCCGAAGGGGACUCAGGGCGGAUCACAUUAUAACACACAUAGGGCAAACAUUCAAUGCCCAUAAACACAUCAAACAGAGACUGAGAGACACACGUAGAGGCUGUCAACAUUUGCAAAGACUUUCUGUAUAUAUUUCAUAUUUCAAUAUUAAUGUCAAAAAUACUUAGUAUGGUUUUUCAUAGGAUUUGUGCUACAUUAGAACACUAAAGACAAAUAUCACUUAAGUAAAAUAAACAUUAAAUGUUAAAUAACCCAAAAAAUAAGAUAAGGUAUAAACACAAAACUAAUCUGGGAAUUUUCAAAAAUAUUUUUGUGAAUAUUUAUAUGAAUAAAUUUAGGAAUUUAUUUUUGUGUUUAUUUUCUGUGAAUAAUUUUUGGAAUAUUUCUGCAAUUUUUCUAAUCAUUUUUGUGAAUGUUUUCUGGAAUAUUUUUCAUCAUAUUUCUAUGAAUAUAUUUAUGAAUGUUUUGUGAAUAUAUCAGAUUAUUUUCUGUGAAUAUUUCUGUAAAUUUGUAUAGGAUUUCUUGUGAAUAUUUCUGCAAAUAUGAGGAUACACAGCAUCUCUCCCUCACAGCAGAAUGGAAAACAAAGAACGGCGAUAAUGGCUGAUGAAGAUUCAUGAAUCUGUUGAGAUGAACCAAUUAAGUAAGCUGUAAUAAUAGUAGAAUAAUAAAGAUAUUAUGUUUGUGCAUUUCGGCUGAACCUUGAUCUGUUUCUUCUGGCUGAAUUUCAGGAGUCCUGCGGAUCCGUUUUCACGCGCCUUCUGAAAAUGUGCAGGUAGCUGGAUAGCCAUUUUCGGUCCGCAGCCCUUUUUAUAAAAACACUUCAGUAUUAUCCACUAGGGUUCAAAAUGCAUUGUGGGAAAUUUAGCCAUGUUUGUGGAAAAAACCAUGUUUUGGAGCAUAUUAUUAUUAGCGGUACAGAGCAGGUCAUCAUCAGCUUCACUGAUUCAGAAAGGCAAGGUAGCGGUAGCCCCAGAAUUUUGCACCCCAGACCUGAAACCACCUAUGAUAAGAUCAUCAGACAAGAGUCCAGAGUAAAGGCAAACAAUGUAUUGUGAAAACACAAAGGUUAUAUGGUAAAAAGCAGGGAUAAGGUAAGAAGGUGUAGAAUCCAGAGAGUCAGCAAUCAAAUGCCUUUUGUGGAUCCAAAAACAAGGCAGUUCAAGAAUACAGUAGAGUCUCGCUUAUCCAACACUCACUUAUCCAACGUUCUGGAUUAUCCAACACAUUUUUGUAGUCAAUGUUUUCAAUAUACAGUAGAGUCUCACUUAUCCAACGUAAACAGGCCGGCUGAACGUUGGAUAAGCGAAUAUGUUGGAUAAUAAGGAGAGAUUAAGGAAAAGCCUAUUAAACAUCAAAUUAGGCUUAUGAUUUCACAAAUUAAGCACCAAAACAUGUUAUACAACAAAUUUGACAGAAAAAGUAGUUCAAUACGCAGUAAUGCUAUGUAGCAAUUACUGUAUUUACGACUUUAGCACCAAAAUAUCACGAUAUAUUGAAAACAUUGACUACAAAAAUGCGUUGGAUAAUCCAGAACGUUGGAUAAUCGAGUGUUGGAUAAGUGAGACUCUACUGUAUCAUGAUAUUUUGGUGCUAAAUUCGUAAAUACAGUAAUUACUACAUAGCAUUACUGUGUAUUGAACUACUUUUAAAGUCAAAUUUGUUGUAUAACAUGACGUUUUGGUGCUUAAAUUGUAAAAUCAUAACGUAAUUUGAUGUUUAAUAGGCCUUUCAUUAAUGCCUUCUUAUUAUCCAACAUAUUUGCUUAUCCAACAUUCUGCUGGCCCAUUUAUGUUGGAUAAGUGAGACUACUGUAGUUCCAAAAUCCAAAAGCAACUUAAGUCCAUAAGCAAAAAUGUAAAUGAGGAUAAACAAUAUGAACAUGGAAAAAUUACCUUCCCCAUUUCGGCCCAUUUCAGCACAUGUUGCACUUUGCCUGGGUUCUAUGAAUUAGUCUCCAGUAUUAAUAUUGUGUUAAUAUUGUAUGUUUUAUGUUGAUUUUAAUGAUUGUUUAUACUGUAAUUGAUGUUUUUAUUGGAUAACUGUUUUAUUGCUGUGUUUUAAUAUUUGAUUGUUUUAUCGGGCAAGGCCCCAUGUAAGCCGCCCCUAGUCCCUUCGGGGAGAUGGGGCGGGGUAUAAAAAUAAAAUUAUUAUUAUUAUUAUUA